AUAACUUCUUUCGCCCUUCCAACACCACUGCCUGGCUUCUCACUCUCUUCGCCCGUGCCAUACUCUGUAGACAUAUCCUCGAAUCGCCUCAGCUUGUCACCUUCGUCCAUAUCGUCACAAUCAUGCCUAGCGCCACGGGGCAGAGCUGGGAGAAGUACCAGAAGAACUUCGCUGACGACGAGGUAGAAGAGAAGAAGAUCACACCGCUGUCAGAUGAGGACAUUCAAGUGCUGAAGACUUAUGGAGCCGCACCGUACGCCGCAGAGCUAAAGAAGCUCGAGAAAGAGAUCAAGGACAAGCAGUCAUCAGUCAACGAGAAGAUCGGAGUGAAGGAGUCAGAUACUGGUCUUGCACCGCCACAUCUAUGGGACAUUGCUGCCGACCGGCAACGGAUGCAGGAAGAGCAGCCGCUGCAGGUGGCCCGGUGUACGAAGAUCAUUCAGGAUGAGAAGGACACGGAAAAGCAUAAAUAUGUUAUCAAUGUCAAGCAGAUUGCCAAGUUCGUAGUGAAUCUGGGCGAGAGAGUAUCACCGACAGAUAUCGAAGAAGGAAUGCGUGUAGGCGUCGACCGCAACAAGUACCAAAUCCUCCUACCUCUACCGCCAAAGAUCGACCCUUCCGUCACAAUGAUGACUGUUGAGGAUAAGCCAGAUGUAACAUAUGGCGAUGUCGGUGGCUGCAAAGAGCAAAUCGAGAAGUUACGAGAAGUUGUAGAAAUGCCUUUACUCUCCCCAGAGCGCUUCGUCAAUCUGGGAAUCGACCCUCCAAAGGGUGCUCUUCUAUACGGCCCCCCAGGAACCGGAAAAACCCUCUGCGCGCGUGCCGUAGCCAACAGGACAGACGCAACCUUCAUCCGUGUCAUCGGUUCCGAACUAGUCCAGAAAUACGUCGGUGAAGGAGCACGCAUGGUUCGUGAACUAUUUGAAAUGGCGCGCACCAAGAAAGCCUGCAUCAUCUUCUUCGACGAAAUCGACGCCAUCGGUGGAGCCCGUUUCGACGACGGUGCGGGCGGUGACAACGAGGUCCAACGUACCAUGUUGGAACUGAUUACCCAGCUCGAUGGUUUCGAUUCUCGCGGAAACAUCAAAGUCAUGUUCGCCACGAAUAGGCCGUCUACACUCGAUCCCGCUCUGAUGAGACCUGGCCGUAUCGACCGAAAGAUUGAGUUCUCCCUACCAGACAUGGAGGGCCGAGCCAACAUUCUCCGGAUUCACGCCAAGAGUAUGAGUGUGGAGCGUGACAUAAGAUGGGAACUGAUCUCGAGACUGUGUCCCAACAGCACAGGUGCAGAGCUCAGGAGUGUGGCGACUGAAGCCGGAAUGUUUGCUAUUCGCGCAAGGAGGAAGGUCGCUACAGAGAAGGACUUCCUGGCCGCCGUGGACAAGGUCAUCAAGGGCAACCUGAAGUUCAACUCGACGGCGACAUACAUGCAGUACAACUAAGCUUGUAUUCAGGGAGUUGGGGAAUCUUCGUAAUAGUGCAAAGACCGUAUUAGUAGCUUUAGACUCAGCAUAGGAUGGCGCCUAGAACAACUGAGCCCCAUGUAUAAUACGAUCAUUGAUCUCUCCAGAAUGUCCACGGUUGCAUGUAGUGAGAAUCGUGCAUUCGAAAUGUAAUAUGUUCAACUCGAUAUAGGUACAAAGUUACCCG